GGACGUCGUGGGGCGCUUCUUCGAGUUCCUCGAGCAGCUGGUGGGGUGUGAGCGCGCCUCCUACCGUACCCUGGCGGUGGAGGUCUCGUCCCUGAUGCUCGAGCGGGGCUCGGCGCUCGUGGCCGGCAACGCCCAGGAGCGCGCCGAGCUCGACGGGUGGCUACUGGGCCUUCUGGUGCGGCACUGCGCCGACGCGGCCCCGGGCGUCCGCUGCAGGGCGCUGGGGGGCGUCGCCGCGGCGCUGGAGGUGCUGCCGGCGUACCCGGAGGGCCUCGGGGUACUGCGGGCCAGCCUGGCCCCCCCGGCCCGGGCCGGGCGCCUCGACCUGCCGGGCCUCUUCCGCGCCGCCGCGACGGACGAGAAGGCGUGGGUGCGCCGCGCCGCGCUCGGCCUUCUCGAGAAGUGGCUGCGCGCGCCCGCGCUGGCGCGCGGGCCGGGCCACGCCGAGGGCCUGCCGCUGGAGCUGCUGGGCCACCUGGCCAACGACGACUCCGUGCUCGUGCGCCGGGCGGCGGUCUCGGGCCUCUCGGCGCUGCUGCGCGCGGGGGCCUCGCCCGAGGCCUGCCGCCUCUGGGCGGAGGGCGUCCUGCCCCUGGCCGCGGACCCCGAGGCCAGCGUGGUCGAGAGGGCGCUGGAGGAGAUCGACGCCGCCGUCCUUGCGCCUCUCGCGCAGCUCGGCGAAGGCGGCGGUGAGGGCGGCGAGGUGACGCCGCGGCUGCCGCCCGUGCUCCAGGCGCUGGACGCCGACCUCACCGAGCACCUGCAGCGGGCGGUGCAGUCAUGCGCGGCGCGGAAGC